GUGAGUUUCUGUUUAAGACUGCCAUCUAGUGGCCGUGUUCGUUAAAUGACUACUAUUGUAGGCUUUAAAGAACCAGGAAAUGUUUCAGUUCAGAUAAAUCGAAACUAAACUGCUGUCAGACUGUUGUGAAUGUCUCUCUACCUGUGAGUGCGUGCAGUACAAUGGCAGAAUCCAGCAUUUCAGGGGCUCAGGAUCAAUUCAGCUGUUCAAUCUGUCUGAAUUUACUGAAAGAUGCAGUGGCCCUCACCUGUGGACACAGUUACUGUAUGAGCUGUAUUACAGGCUGCUGGGAUCAGAAGAGAGUCUACAGCUGUCCUCAGUGCAGACAGACCUUCACUCCAAGACCUGCUUUAGGUAAAAACACCAUGAUGGAUGAAGUGCUGGAGAAACUCAAGAAGACAAAACUACAAGUUGCUCGUCCUGCUCAGUGUUACUCUGGAUCUGGAGAUGUGGGGUGUGACGUCUGUACUGGGGACAAAAAUAAAGCCAUCAAGUCCUGUCUGGUGUGUCUGGAAUCUUACUGUCAGACUCAUUUUGAACGUCAUGAAGAAUUUCACUUUGGCAAGAGACACAAAAUGACAGAUGCCCCUGGACGACUGCAGGAGAUGAUCUGCCCUCAACAUGAUAAACUGUUGGAGAUUUUCUGUUGUACUGACCAGAGCUGUUUAUGUUAUAUGUGUAUGAUAGAUGAACACAAAGACCAUAACACUGUAUCAGCUGCUGCAGAGAGGACUGAGAAACAGAGACAUCUGGAAGAGACCCGGAGAAAAUUCCAGCAGAGAAUCCAGGAGAGACAGAAGGGGCUUGAGGAGCUGAGAAAGGCUGUAGAGUCUCACAAGCGCUCUGCACAGACAGCAGUGGAGGACAGUGAGAGGAUCUUUACUGAUCUGAUCCGCUGCAUUGAGAGAAGCCGCUCUGAGGUGACACGGCUGAUCAGAGAUCAGGAAAAGGCUGAAGUGAGUCGAGCUGAAGAACAACUGAAGCGACUGGAGCAGGAGAUUGAAGAUCUGAGGAGGAGAGACGCUGAGCUGGAGCAGCUUUCACACACAGACAAUCACAUCCAUUUCCUCCAGCGUUUCCAGUCUCUAUCUGUUCCUCCUGGAUCUACAGACUCACCCAGCAUCACUGUCAGUUCUCGUCUCUCUUUUGAUGAUGUUGAAAAAUCUGUGUUUAAUCUGAGAGAGAAACUGGAGCAUUUCAGCCGAGAGGAGAUAGAAAUGUUAUCUGGUAGAGUGAGAAACAUCAACAUCAUUCCCACCUCUGAACCUGAGACCCAUGAGGACUUCCUCCAGUAUUCCCGUCAGCUCACUUUGGAUCCAAAUACAGUGAAUAAAAACCUGUUACCGCCUGAAGAGAACAAAGUGAUUAAAUACACUCGUGAGGAACAGCCAUAUCCUGAUCAUCCAGACAGAUUUGAUGGUCUUCCUCAGGUGUUGUGUAGAGAGAGAGUGUGUGGACGCUGUUACUGGGAGGUGGAGUGGAGUGGUUGGGUGGGUAUAUCAGUGUCAUAUAAGAGCAUCAGCAGGAAGGGAUGGGGAAAGGAGUGUGAGUUUGGGUGUAAUGAUCAGUCCUGGAGUUUGUACUGCUCUGACUCCAGCUGCUCAUUCUGGCACAAUAACAAGCAGAUUAAACUCCCUGUAGUCUCCAGCUCUUCUAGAGUAGGGGUGUAUGUGGAUCACAGUGCAGGAACUCUGUCCUUUUACAGCGUCUCUGACACAAUGACCCUCAUUCACAGAGUCCAGACCACAUUCACUCAGCCUCUCUAUGCUGGGUUUUGGGCAAACAAAUUUUUAACAGGACUAAUGUUUUUCUUUUCAAAAGCGACACUCUAUGAUCUAACAACAUAGAUGGUACAGACUUUCUACAAAUAGAUAUUUUGAGAUUGUAUUCCCUACAUGAAUUUUUCAAGAAAUGACAAGAAAUGUUGCCAGAUUGCAUAGAAUUUCCAGGUAGACCCCUGAAGAGAGUUAUCUUUUUUGUUUUUUGUUUUUUUUUCAGUUUAAGAUAUUACAUGAUCUCUUUAAUCCAAUGAAGGAAAGUAGGGGGAGGGGGCCUUUCCAUUUAAGCAGUAUUAAUCUUCUGGCAAGUAGUGUGCAAAAGGACACAUUUUGCAAUCAUUGCUACUUAUGCUCUUGUUUUGUGCUGAAACACCAAAUAUAGCAAUAAAAGGAGAUGGGUCUAUUGGUAAACCUAUUAUUUCUAAAAAAAAAAAAUGCAUCAAAAACAUGUUUUGAAUUUUGACAUUUUUUCUUAUGUUUACUCCAAAUAUUAUCAAUAUAAUAUUAAUUGAUUUAUUCACUGAUUUUAUUGAUCACUUGCAAUGAUGCUUAUUAUUUGAUAUGUAUGAAAUUGUCUUUUAAAUGGAAAGAAGUGCAUUUAAAUUAAUUGUGAUAAAUAGCGUCACAUCCAUUUGUGGCUGUCAUAAUCUUAUUCUCUUGGUUCCAGCAAUUUCUGGAAAUCCCUAAUAUAAACAAAUGACCUCUAAUUAUCAUUAUUAAAACAGAUGGAGUGCACACCAUUUUUACGCAAUGGAAUUAAAAUUUAAAUUAAAGAUGAUUUAACAUUAGGCUACUUUUAUUGAGUGAGAAUGAGAAUCUGCAAGGUCAGUCUCUUUCUGUAAGCAAUGGCCUACAUCAUAAAAUCCCGAAGCACUACAGAACCUUAAACACUCAACUUAUUUAUAUAUCUAUAUCCAGUGUUGGGAAGGUUACUUUGGAAAUGUAACAGGUUACAAAUUACAAGUUACCCUAUUUAAAAUGUAAUAAGUAGUGUAACUAUUUCAAUUACUUUAUUAAAGUAAUGUAACUAAUUGCAUUUGAUUACUUUUCAACAUUUCUAACAAAUGUUUUCAACUGUUAAUCAUUUUCAAACAUUUAAAGCAGGCAGGGUUUAACCUUACAGUAGUACUCAACACUGAUUACUGUCAGACUUUCAAAAUCCUUCAUCACUUGAAUUAAGAUUAUAAAAUUUAAUUUUAAAGGGCUACCACCACCAAAUCAGACUUUAUAGCUGUAACCCUACACCAGCAGAGGGAGCCCUUGCUCAUGUACUGACUGUUACCUCUCCCUCUGCUUCCUCUAUGGUGACUUCCUGUUUGGCAGCCAUAUAAAGAGGGCCAUGCCAAACAGGCCUUUGUGAAGUCUUGUUCCACUGUUAUUGGACGCUACUGAGUGUUUAUUUUCUUUACCUGGUCUUGUUUUUUGCCUUGCCUGUGUUUUGGACUUUGGACUGCUUUCUUGUUUUAUGAUUGCUGCCUGCCUUGAUCAUCGCCUGUGUUUUGGAUUACUAUUUUUCCUUAACCUGGAUAUUGUUGUUUGCUGGUGUUCGACCCUGCCUAU